AUGUUAGGCGUGUGUUCACAAGAUAUGCAAUUCAUAUUUGUCUUACCGGGUUGGGAAGGGUCUGCAGCUGAUGGUAGAGUCUUACGGGAUGCUCUUGAUCGUCCUAAUGGAUUAAGAGUUGCUAGACCCGGUUACUAUUUGGUAGAUGCUGGAUAUACAAAUGGAGAGGGUUUUCUAGCCCCUUAUAGAGGACAAAGAUAUCAUUUAAAUGAUUGGAGUGAUGGACACCAACCGACUACACCAAAAGAAUUUUAUAACAUGAGACAUUCAUCCGCAAGAAAUGUAAUAGAAAGAUGUUUCGGGCUUUUGAAAGGAAGGUGGAAAAUUUUAAAGGACAACUCAUUUUAUCCUAUCGAUACGAAGAUUAGGAUCAUAAUGGCAUGUUGUCUCUUCCAUAAUUUUAUAAGACAAGAAUUAGAAGAUGACCCGCAAGAAAUGGAAGAUGUUGUAGAUGAGGGAACCGGAGAUGGAGCUGGAAAUGGAGAUGGAUAUGGAGAAGGAUAA